AUGACAGUCUCUUAUAAUUUGGAUGUUUCUUCUGUUUCAUUUUUAAAUUUUUUCAAAGUAAUAUUUCGAUGGAGAGGAUCUGUUUGGAAAUCUGUAUGGUCAGAACUUUUAAUAUGGUUAAUUUGUUAUUAUAUUGUUAUGAUUUCUUAUCGAAAUAUUCCAGAAUCUACAAGAUUGUGAGUUUAUUUUUUAAUAUAAAAAUAGAACAAUAACUUAUUGGAAAACAAAAAUAAAUGAAUUAUAGAAUUAUCAAAGAAUAUAUUGAUCCUAUUGAUGAUCAACUAGAUAAAGCAGUUCCAUUAACAUUUAUGCUUGCAUUUUUUGUUAGCAUAAUUGUUGAUCGAUGGAAGAAUACAUUCGCAAAUAUGGGUUUCAUUGAAAAUACAGCAUUAUCAAUUGCAAGUGUUGUUAGAGGAGAAGAAACUGAAGUUGUAUUAGCAAGAAGAACUAUUAUACGAUACUUGGUUUUAUCACAAGUUUUAGUAUUUCGAGAUAUUUCAUUGAGAGCUCGGAGAAGAUUUCCGAAUUUAGAAGCGAUUAUGAAAUCAGGUAAUUUAUAAGAAGUUGGGCAAAAUCAAGCAUAACAAUAUUUCUAAAUCAAUCCAGAAAAUGAAUUUUUUUUCUGAAUAAAUUUAAAUCUCAAAAUAAUCACAACUUAGGAACAUUUUUUCAGGCUUUAUCCAAGAACAUGAAAUAGUAGAACUGGAAAAAGUAUCAUGUCCUUAUAAUAAAUAUUGGCUUCCAAUAAAUUGGGCUUGUUCAAUUCUCCAUAAAUUAUUUGCGGAUGGCAAAAUAUCAGCAGCUCCUUUAUACAAUGCAGCUUGGCAAGAAAUCAAAACAUAUCGAACAAAUAUGGCAAAUCUUUGUAAUUUCGAUUGGGUUCCAAUUCCAUUAGCCUAUCCUCAAGUUAUUUUUGUCGCUGUUCGAUUUUAUUUUUUCAUGUGUUUAUUUGGAAGACAACAUUUGGAUUUGAAUGAGAAAAAAUCGGUGAGUUUUUUUUUAGAAACACCAUGUUUUGGAAAAACAAUCAAAUUGUAGAUCGAUUAUUAUUUUCCAAUUCUGACAGUUGCUCAAUUUAUAGUUUAUAUGGGUUGGAUGAAAGUAGCUGAAGCACUUUUGAAUCCACUGGGAGAAGAUGAUGAUGAUUUUGAAUGCAAUUUUUUGAUUGAUAAAAAUAUUGCGGUAGGAAAUACUUUAUAAAAAUCUUUAAAAAAAACGUGUUUUUUCAGACAGGAAUGUCGAUUGUCGAUGAGACAUUCAAUAAAUUCCCUGAGAUGAAAAAAGAUAUGUUUGCUGAGCCAGAAUUUGCUCCAUUUUAUCCAGAAGAUGUUAUUAAUAAUGGAGCAGAUCAUGCAUUACUAGGAUCAGCUCAAACUGUCACGUUAGUUUUUUUCUGGCGUUAGGCUCAGCUGUCAGAACUCAAUAUUAAAUUUUGCAGUCUUGCUGAUCCAUCGGAUAUUCAUCCAAUUGAUCCACUUUCUCCAUUAAUAAUUGGUCAUCAAGAUUCUUCAACUUCAACAAUUCGCCGUCGUUUUUCAAAUGUUUUCCGUCGUUCAAAUUCAGUUCGUCCAAACUCACCAAUCCGUGUUGAACCAGAUAUUCCAUUUUCAAAAUCAAUGGCACCUCAAAGACCUUAUGGAGCAUUUGAAUUAUCAAAUGGAUUUAUUGGAGCAAAUUCUCGUGAUCAAAGUCAAAGUUAUUUGCCAAAACUCGAUGAAGAAAAUGAAAUAACAUUGGAUGAAGAAACUUUGAAAAAACAUAUGGAAAACGCUUAUAAGCAAAAUGAAAAUGGAAAUGAAAGUGGAGCUGAAAAUAUGAUGCAUAGUCCGGUUUUACCAUUUGAUAGAUCAUUUCGAAAAAAGAAAUCUUUUGAAAAAAUUAAAUUUUAA